GCAAAAAAACCUUUCGGCUGGAGUUUUUACUUUUGUUCGUCCAAUGUUCCCUUGCGUUGCGCCCACCCUAAAUCCACGACUCCUCCCGAUAUCAAUCAAUCCCUCCUUCCCUCCCAUAGAUUAAAUCCAAAUCCUCCGCAACGAUUUUUCUAUCCUCUUUUCUUCGCUCAAUUAUUCCCUUUCCCAGGGUUUGCUGAGGGGGAUUUGUUAUUCUAGAUGAUUAUUGGGCAACUGUGGUUGUGAUUUUUCAGUGUCCAAUUGUUUUUUUCCCGUUCAUGCUUGAUAAAUUUUGGGCGACCGACCGUUUUGGUGUUCUUCGGAAACCCUAGAAUUUUGGAGGGCGGGGAUUGAUACGCGGAGGGCACGUCGUCUAGCUCUGACAAUUUUGACUGCUUGGUGCUGAUUUCGUUUUGGUUUUGUUUGUGAAGUUCCUUUUUUGAGUUAUAUAUAGUUCGGAGAAUCUUCUGGGGGUUUGUGGUAGCUCAGUGGUGUGUAUUUGUUCUUAGGGUUUGUUUGUUAGAGCAGGAAAGUUUGGAAUGGAUGGAUAUGGCGGCGGCGGGGGCGGUGGUGGAGGCAGUAUUGGUGAUUCGUCUAAGAUUCAGGAUCUUACACCGUUUGGCUCAAAAAUCCUAGAUUCAGGUGAGGAUGAGUUUGAUGCAUCGAGGUAUGAAUUCUUUGGUGGCGAAGUAAUGGAGGAGGUUGAACUUGGGGGAUUGGAAGAUGAAGAGGAUGAUAUUGUUGCAUUCGGGCUAGGGGAAGAAGGAUUUCUGUUGGACAAGGGAGAGGAUGAUGCAUUGGGACCCCUGUCAGACAUUGAUGAUCUUUCUAGCACAUUUUUGAAGUUGAACACAGAUGUCAAUCUACCUACAAGUACAGGUGGUGGCAGAGAUUGGCGGCUCAGAGAAAGUUCAUCGGCUGCAGAGUUUCCGCCUGGUUUGGAUUACCCUAAUUGGUUUGAUAAGCAUGGUUAUGAUGCUGAAUCUUUUCAGGAAAGCCAGAAAUGGCCCUCGGCACAUUCCCCAUCUGCCCACUUUAUGGAGCCCAAAUCAUUGUCCCGAGCAUCCUCAUACCCUGAACAACUGCAGCGUCCUCCACAACAAAGCCUACAUCAUCAGCAUUCUUUCGAACCAAUUCUUAACCCAAAAUUACCAUUCACUACAUACCCACCCCCUGGCGGCCGAUUGCAGCAAGGUUUGCCGAAUGACCAGCCUGGCCAUCCUAAUAUCCCUUAUCACCCGCCAGUAGUGUCAUCCGGUCUUUCUACUUUCCCAAAUCCUCAGCUUAAACUUAAUCCUGUGCCUCAUGGAUCACAGUUUGGUGGAAAUUUUCCUCAGUUACCUCAUGGUCGUCCCCCGGUUAACAGUCAGCUGCAAAAUCAGUUUGCGGCGCAAAGUGGCCUACACCCUGGAAAUCAUUCUGGUCUCCCGAACAAUUUUCCGCCGCAAAAGUUUCCUCACCAAAAUGGUCUAAUGCCUGCACAGCUGCGACCUCUGCACUCCCAGCAACCGAGGAUGAAGCUUCCGUAUCACGGUUCCUUUGGUCAUCUACCCGGGCCGCAUUCUCAACUUCUGAAUUCUCAGCUUUCUCAGUCGCCUCCUAUGCUCAACAACUUUGACAUGCUCGGGUUACCGGAUUUGAGAGAUCAAAGGGCUAUGCAACAUCAGAGAAUUCGACCAGGUAUGCUUCAUCCUCAUCCAGGCUCUGAUUUUUAUGGCCAGAGGAAUGAUCGGGGAUGGCCAAGGUUUAGAUCGAAGCACAUGUCUGCGGAUGAGAUUGAAAAUAUUCUUAGGAUUCAGCUUGCAGCUACUCACAGCAGCGAUCCAUAUGUAGAGGAUUAUUACUAUCAAGCUUGCCUGUCGAUAAAAUCUGCUGAAUCUAAGCUGAAACAUCAUUUCUGCCCGACGAAUUUGAGGGACAGUUCUUCUAAGCCUCGGAGCAGCAACGAGCAGCAUGCUUUUCUACAGGUUGAUGCUCUUGGAAGGGUUUCGUUUUCUUCAAUCCGCAGGCCACGGCCACUUCUAGAAAUCGACCCCCCGAAAUCAACCAGUGGGGACAGUUCUGAAUCAAAACUUUCUGAAAAGCCACUAGAACAAGAACCGAUGCUUGCAGCCCGGGUGACUAUCGAAGACGGUAUGUGCCUUCUACUCGAUGUUGACGAUAUCGACAGAUUUCUACAGUUUAAUCAGCUCCAAGAUGGCGGGGUUCAGUUGAGGCAGAGGAGACAGGUUCUGCUCGAAGGUUUAGCGUCGUCACUUCAGCUUGUCGACCCACUCGGGAAAAAUGGCCAUCCGGCUAAUUUGUCUCCUAGGGAUGAUUUUGUAUUCUUACGGCUAGCUUCUCUACCUAAGGGCCGGAAACUCCUUUUGAAGUAUCUUCAACUUCUAAACCCCGGCGAGCUCACCCGAGUCGUCUGCAUGGCAAUACUCCGGAAUCUGAGGUUUUUAUUCGGCAACCUUCCUCCCGACACCGGAGCUCUCGCAACAACCACCAGCCUUGCCAAGACAGUGUCGUUGUGCGUCUGCAGUAUGGAGCUUAAAGCUCUCGCCGCUUGUCUCGCAUCCGUUGUGUGCUCGUCUGAGCACCCCCCUCUGCGCCCCAUCGGCAGUCCUUCCAGCGAUGGAGCGUCUGUUAUUCUCAAAUCUGUGCUCGAGAGGGCAACCGAGCUGCUCCGAGACUCUCAUUCUGCCGUCAGUUGCAGCGCGCCUAACCGAGCUUUCUGGCAGGCCUCUUUCGACGCCUUCUUCGGCCUUCUCACUCAGUACUGCUUUAGCAAAUAUGACUCCGUUGUGCAAUCCUUCCUUGCGCAGCAGAUGACGAAUGGCGACAGUGGAUCUGACCUCGCCAAAGCAAUCAGCAGGGAAAUACCUGUCGAACUUCUCCGGGCGAGCCUUCCCCACACUAAUGAGCAGCAGAAAAAGGUCCUCCUGGAAUUCACACAGCGAUCAAUGCCGAUUCCGGCGGUGGCUGCCAGCGCCUCCGGUGGCGGCAAUCUAAUGCCGUGAAUGAAGGCAGACGGCGUGGCAGGGAUGAAGUUACCGAGUGCGAUUUCAGGUUAUUUUCUGAGGUGAAGGAUUGAUAUAUUAUUAUCAUUCUUGGGUAUCGUCAUCAACAUCAUCUAUCUUAAUACUAAAAGCAGUGCAAGGUGGUAAGGUAAGUCUUUAAGUCAUGAGUGAGAAAGAUACUACACUAGUUUUUGUUUUUGUUUAUGUUGCUGUAGAUUUAGAUGAUGUAGAAUUGCUUCUGCUGCUUCGGAUUUUCUCACUCUUCGUUUUACAAAUGUGUUUUUGAGUUAUAAGUUGGUUUCUCUUUCUCUCUCUACAUGAUGGAACAGAUUUUUGAAGUAUGCCAUCUGUGUCUCUCGUGAUUUGGAUUUUCUUUCUUUUUUUUUGUGUUUCUUGGGGGCUUAUUUUGAUGCUCUCUUCUCCUUGUUGGUGUGCUAGUCUCAUCCCUUCUAAGAUGUUCUUUGGGAUCUCUCUCUAUUGGCUACGGUUAAGAUGGUUAUGUUAUAUUGAUCUUAUUGAUGGGAAAUUGAGUUAACUAGAUUUUAUAGAGUUAAUUUAGUAAAUUUGUAUA